AUGGACAGUUUCAGACAAUUGUUAAAAUUCAUUUGCGGUACCUGUUGCUGCUGCUGUGACUACUCUGAGUCGUACCUCUCGAUCAAUGGAAGGCGGUAUUCGAUAAAGAAAUUACUAGGAGAAAGUAAUUUCUCAUUCAUAUAUCUAGUGCAGCAAAUUGGAAGUGUCACUGCAAGCUCCACUCCACGUACUAAUCUUUACGCGCUCAAGAGGAUAAGAUGUCCCUUUGGCAACAUUGAAAGCAUCUCAGGUGCUAUGAAAGAAGUGGAUAAUUAUAAGAGGUUUCAAAGCCCCUACAUCAUUCAUCUAGUGGAUUCUCAAGUGGCCCAACAACGUGAUGGAUCCAAGACGGUUUAUAUCCUACUCCCGUAUUUCCCACUGGGUUCAUUGCAAGAUUCCACAAGUCGUAAUUUGCUAAAUGGAACAUUCAUAUCUGAAGCUGAAUGCAUUCGAAUAGUAAUUGGAAUAGCUAGAGGGCUGAGAUGUCUACAUGAUCCAUCAGCCAGAUCUCAAGAUGCAGAACAACAACAGGAACAUGAUGCAGUUUCAAUGUCCUACAGCGACGAGGCUGCGUUCCUUCUAGAAGAUACACCACUAGAGCUAGACAUCCUGUCGUCUGCUAAUACUAUAAAUUCUAACUUCUAUGCACAUCGCGACAUUAAACCUUCAAACAUUCUAUUCUCUUCAGAUGGGUUACCUGUAAUUUCCAAUCUAGGCUCAUGUUCUAAAGCAGAUUUGUCUAUUAACACAGGCAUGCAAUUGACAGAAUUACAAGCAUGGGUUUCUGAUCACUGUACUGUAGCAUAUACAGCACCAGAACUACUACAUAUUACUUUAAAUCGUAGUGUCGAUACUAAAGUGGAUAUUUGGUCAUUGGGCUGUACCUGUUACUUCAUGCUAUUUGGCAUCUCCCCCUUUGAACGUGAAGAACAAAUCAGUGGUGCUUCGCUGAAGUAUGCCAUUGGUACGGGUAAUUUCAGUUUCCCAUCGCAAGAUCGUUACUCAGAGGGACUGCUGAAAUUGAUUACAAAAUGUCUACAAGUGAAUCCCGCCGCAAGACCUGACAUAAACGAAUUACUGACACUGCUACAAGAACUACAAGAAUCUUGA